AUGUGUCUGCGGCACGAUACAACAAGCGAAGAGUUCGAUAUCCUGUUGCCAGAAAAACUCCAUAGCCAGGGAACUCGUAAUGCGAGCAAGGCUCGCAAGACUCGUGCCGAUGACAAUGGCGAGACCUGGAACUGGCCCGAUAAGAGAAACAGGUUGCUAGUGCUGGCGCUGGGCGUGAAGGAGUCGGUGUACAAGUCCAUCGACCUUUGCGGCGGGGAACAAUUGGCAGACAGUAGCAAAGUCUCGUCCAUCCUGACGAAGCUUCUGGAUUGUGUUCCAGGGACCUCUUUUCCAGAUGAAGCGGAGGAUGACCACGUAGACCGCUUUGCGCCUCUUAACUGA